AUAAUAAUAUAUCGCGUUAAAUCACGACAUAAGACUUUUUAAAUAUUCGUGAUACCCUAUUCACCGCCGAUGCGACAACACCUUUUCUAAUCGGGAUUGAUUUGCGCAUACCGCAGUCUACCGACGUAGCAAACAAACAUGGCCGAACCACCAUCAUCACCUCCGAACGAGACCGCCACUCCCGAAGAGUCCCUAGCCUGGUACAAGAGACAAUAUGAAUUAUUAGGCGACGAGCUAGCAGAGUUUCGUGAAUCCAGCCACGAGCUUGAGGCUGAACUCGAAAAGGAUUUGGAUGCGGCAGACAAGAGGCAGCGCGCACUACAGCAAAAAGCUGAAGGGCUGCAGUUCGAGGUUGAUGAGUGGAAAGAAAAAUGCAAGAAGGCAAAAGCCGAGGCCAAUGCGGCACAGAAUGCUUUGGAGAAGGAGAUUACGAAUCUCCGUGACACGAACCGUACCUUACAGUUGAAACUACGCGAUAUAGAGGUAGCCAAUGAUGAUUUCGAGCGCCAGGCGCGAAAUACGACGUCGUCUCUCGAAGACCUGGAGUCCAAGUACAACGUCGCUAUCGAAAGAACCGUCAUGAUGGAGGAAGAGAUCAAGAUAGGCGAGCAAGAACGAGAAACUCUACGAAUCGAAGCCCAGAGAUUGCGCGAAGAAUUAUCCGACCUUAAGGUCGAGGCCGAGAUCAUGCAGGACAAGAUCAAGAAGGCAGAAAAUCGCCACCUGUCUACUAUCUCUACGGACAUAUCUAUCCCCGAGUCGCCUACUUUCGAAGGCUCGCCUCGUUCCAUGGCAAGCUCUCCUCUCAUCACCACGCCCCCCGACGAUAUCAUCUUGCCUCCUACAGGUAAAGAUGCGCCUAUACUUAACGAGCCUCCGUCGCCACCCAUGUCUGAUGCAUCGGCGCCUCUACCCAGACCCUCUUCCAAGGCCAAGACACCUGGACCUUCAGCGCAGAAGAAAUCCCGUCUUCCAUCUGCGGAUCGCAGCAUUACGCCGAAGCCGAAGGGCACUAUUUCCGCCAACUUACGGGCUCCAGGCACGCGCUCCGCUACUACCGCGCGCACGCCGGCACCGACACGCACUACGAACCGCGCGGCCUCGCACAGAGUUCCGCCAUCGACAUCUCUUACCCAUAUCCGCUCCCUUACCGCCCAGAUGCAACGACUCGAGGCUCGCGUCCAAUCGGCGCGGUCUAAGUUGCCUGCUCCUCUUAACACACCUCCGCGCUCGUCUCCUAGAACAUCGCUUGUGGGAGUAAGCCAAGUACCAUCCACUGUUACGAUGCGUUCAAGGAAGCGUACCGUCGGUUCCACUACUUCCUCGGUAGCAGAUGAGACACCCACUACAGGCAGGCACAUAUCUAGGCUUAGUACCUCAGGCGUAUCAAGAUUAUCCUUUGGGCAGUUGGCCAACCGACCCAGUACCUACGACCCUGAUAGCUCUGCUGUUAGCAUCUCGCGACCUAGUAGUCGGGCGAGUGUUACGAGCUAUCCAAGACCCGCUAGCCGUACUGAGAUUGCUCGUCCAAUGUCUCGUGCUAGUUUCUCGAGUGCAAGGACACCUUUGGGAGUGAGACCUAGAAGUUCUCUUACUGGUAGCUUGCAUGGCCACUCUCAAAGCGUAAGCCGUGUCGACCUUGAAGAUUUCGAUGAGCGGUUCGAGGAUCGCACCCCAAGUCGUCGAGGAACUUACAGCAAGUUUGACGCUGACGGUUCCACUAGUGGCAUCCCAACUCCCAGUGCGAUUCCGAUGCCUAGGCGGCAGAGCGGCGGGAUGCAUUCGGCUCGUAGAAUUAGUGGUGGCGCGUCGAACGAGCCCGCCACUGGGAGGCCCAGGAAAUUAAGCGACCUUGGAGAGACUUACUAGUCCAGCCCCCUCCCCUCCCCUCCCCCUUUAUAACAUCUUCCUUUUACUCUUCUCUUGUAUCUGUUUGAAGUGCCGCGCAUAUCGCACUGUCGAACGUGGUGUGGGGGCCACUAGCAUUAUACCUUCGUCGCGGCGUUGUGCCGAGACGUCAC